CAUUGAACAUGUGAUAUUUCUUUAUAAUAUACACACACAUGCAUACGCGCGUGCGUGCGCACAUGACAUACCUACAAAGCAUUGUAACACUGAAUAUGAAUGAAGAUUCUGCGCAUGUCGUAUAUUGUUUCAUUAUAUUUAUUGGCGGGAAAAAACUGAAAAGUACAGUAUAUUAAAAUGUCAAAAGAAUCGUUAAAUUUAUGUUUCUAUAAUUUAGGUUGUGAUAUUUCUGAUAAAUCUAUCAUCGAUAAAUGUGUACAAUUUUGUCAUGUUUAUAAUAUAGAUGAAGAAAAAUUUUUAGAAUUAUGGGUAGCAUAUACUAUUACACAUUCAUUAGAUAUUAAUCCAACAAUAAACAAUCUUAUUCAAUUUGAGGAUGAAGAACUUAAAAAAAAUAAUGAAUGUGUCGUAACACAAACCAUAUCAAAUAUACAUACUCUGGAUAUACAACCUAAAGAAGAUAUUAUUAAUAAUGUUUUGGAAUUGUAUAAUACUGGAGAAUGUUCUACAUCAAAGCAAAUUAAAAGAGCAAGGAGUCCAUCAGCAGAAUUAGAGAAUGAUACAAAAUUACGGGCAAUAGAACAAAUUUUUCCAUCAUCGAUAUAUACAUCAAAUUUAAAUGUACCCAUUCGUUCACCGAGCAAUACAGUUAAAGCUAAAAUUCUUUUGUAUUUUGGUCCAAAUAUUCAGAAUUGGAAAACUCAAAACGAUUACGAAGUAUCGAUCGUUCAAGCUGAUAAUCCCCAUAUACCAAAAGAUGCAGUAUACAUGUAUGAAAUGCUUUUCAAACAAGGAGUCUUUCUCAGCAGUCGUUGUAAAAGUUUUGGUGAGCGUCUAUGUUAUACUUGGAACGAAAUGGGACCCUCGAAUUCUAACAUGCGUUACGUGAGAAACAUAAUGUGUAUAAGUCAAACAGCAUUUAGAACAUGGGGUAGAAUAUUUAUAAUGGAUGAUACUUCUACUGGUAGUAAAAUUGUUAUGUUGGAAGGUUCUAAAACAAAUGUUGGUGAAAAAAAUGCUCCUAUUAUACGUUUGGAUCUUAGUGGAGUUAAACAUUAUUCAUUGUUUCCUGGUCAAAUAAUUGCAGUGGAAGGUUUUAAUACUACUGGAGAUACUCUAAUAGUAAAACAGUUAUUUGUUAAGGGAUAUGCACAAUUAUUUGAUGAACCAAAAUUAUCAGUAGAUAUAAAAAUUUAUGUUGCGGUUGGCCCAUUUACACCUUCUGACAAUUUAAAUUAUCAACCAUUAUGGGAUCUUAUGAAUCGUGUUGCAGAAGAAGAACCAAAUAUAUUAAUAUUAAUUGGACCUUUUAUAGAAUAUACACAUCCUGAAAUUAAAAACUGUACCUUGAAAGAGACAUAUCAAGAUUUUUUUGAUGCAAUUUUGAUGAAGAUUCUACAAUAUUUGCAAGGGAAAUCAACACGUAUUGUAUUAGUAUCUUCUAAUCGUGAUGCGCAUCAUGAUUCAAUUUUUCCGACACCAGAAUUUAUUAUAAAUACAAAUAAAAUUGGAUCAAAUUCGGCGAAUCUUUAUUCCAUGCCAGAUCCUUGCAUAAUAAAUGUAGAUAAUUUGCACAUAGGAAUAACAUCAGUUGAUAUUCUUAGACAUCUUGGACAACAAGAAGUAUCGAAUACACCUGGAAUGGAUAGGCUUGGUCGGUUAGCUGAUCAUAUAUUGUCUCAAACUACAUUCUAUCCUUUGUAUCCUCCUUUUUCUGGCUUAAAUCUUGAUACAACACUUUGGACAAAAUACGCUUGUUUUGAGCGGCAACCACAUAUAUUGAUUUUACCUUCCGAUGUGAAACAUUAUUGCAAAUUAUUAAAUGAAUCUCUCGUUUUAAAUCCAGAGCGAUUGCGAAAGUAUAUCUAUGCUAAAUUAUACAUACGAUCAGUGAAUAAUAAGAAAUGGGAUCCAAACAAUAUAUCUUGUGAAAUUGCAAAAGUCUAAAUAUAAGCGUUUUUGUUUUUUUGCAAAAUAAAUCGUAAAAAGAUAAAAAAA